AAACACAUGACCAAACGCGCGAGGAGGAGGAGGGUGAACGAAAUUAUCUGCCAAUCAUAAUAUCUGAAUGGUAGGAUGAGGAUCCAUUUACGCCUACGGAUAAAUAGCGUGCUAUCGCACUUGACAGACCAUAGCUGCAUCGUCAGGAGGUAGCCUACCAAAUAAUAACGCGAUGUCUCGGUUGUGAUUUAACGUACAGUAUUUCCCUCAUCUAUCUUCCCCGCUGGAUGGUCCAUGUUGGAGCCUGGAGCUACUGUAGAUGAGUAGAUUGCAGCAAUACAUUAGCAAUAAAACAACAUACGGUGACUUAACAGACACCCGAGAAACUACACAUGAAACUGUUUUUUGCCAUGUCCCGCGGUCGUGUGACAAGAACCGCAGGACAGGAUCGAAUCAAUCCGUUGGGGCAAUGCUAGGAGCUGUGUUAAUAACCUGGCAAGAGGAAUACUUGAUACUCGAAGACGUUUGCUUUCGGAGAAUCGAAUUCGGACAUGGGGCUUGAGUUGUCAUGCGGGGCGGUCCGGACACUGGACCCCCUGAUCGUGGGAGUCUCGGAUAGAUCCCGAUGCUCACGGUCAAAUCAUAGCUUGUGAGGAACGAAAGAAUGCCUGCGGUGACCGGAGAAGCGCCCUUACUGAACGGGGGCAGAAGAGAAGAGCAGCGUCCCUGUAAACAGUCCCUUCCCGGGUCCCUAUGCCGAGAGUCCCAUUGGAAGUGCCUGCUCCUCACGCUGCUGAUGUUCGGCUGUUUCGCCACGCUGGGAUGGUGCUCUUUUUACCGCGUCACUGUCAUGGCUGCCGAUGAACACGGCCUCUACUACGGCGGCCGCGCCCGCCUCUACCAUGACAGUCCCUGCUCCAACGGCUACGUCUACAUCCCGGUGGCCUUCCUGAUCAUGCUGUACCUGGUCUACCUGGUGGAGUGCUGGCACUGCUUCUCUAAAACAUCCUCUCUGGCCCGGGUGAGGAUUAGCAAGGUGUACAACAGGGUCCAGAGGCUGCAGCAGGCCAUGCCCUGUAUCUGGUGGAAGGCCAUCAGCUAUCACUAUGUGAGACGGACACGGCAGGUCACUCGAUACCGCAAUGGUGACGCUUACACCACCACACAGGUGUACCAUGAGCGGGUCAACACACACACAGCCAGCUCUGAAUUUGACUAUACCCGACAUGGUGUCAAGGACGUAUCCAAGGAGCUUCUUGGCCUUCUGGAGCACCCGGCCGUACGCCUUCGUUUCACCAAGUGUUUCAGCUUUGCCAGUGCCCAUGCCGAGGCUGCCUACCUCACCCAACGCGCACGCUUCUUCGCAGAGAACGAGGGUCUGGAUGACUACAUGGAGGCACGGGAGGGCAUGCACCUGAAGAACGUGGACUUCCGUGAGCACAUGCUAGCCUUUCCUGACCCGGCGUGGCCGCCCUGGUUCUCUCGCCGGCGCAUGUAUUGGCUGAUCUCAGCCCUGAUGUUGUCCUGGCCACUACGUGUGGUGUCAGAGUACCGUACGGCAUAUGUCCACUAUCAUGUGGAGAAGCUGUUUGGUGAGAACGAGGAAGUCAAUGACAGCACUGAGAUGGGCAACUACCGCUCAGGCCAGGAGAAUGGGCAACGCGGUGGCCCCAGAUUACGUGUCAUAUCGAGGGUCAACACGGUAGACAUCACUGAACUGGAGUGGCACAUUCGCUGCAACCAGCAGAUGGUGCCCAGUUACUCCGAGGCGUUGCUGAUGGAUCUGAACACCAACAACACAACAUCUUCACCCUCUGCGUUUACCGGGGCAACGCGUGUCCCUAUGAGGCGGAACUCUAGCUACGUCCUCCAGAGCUGCCCCCGCUGUCGCAGGUCCACCAGCAGCUCCUCGCUCCCCUCGCGAGUCAGGGGGAACGUGGCGAUGGGGGCGGGCUCUUUGACAUAUGGGACAGUGGGAAGGAUGGGAGGAGGAAGGCUAGCCCUCAGCCGCAGUGGAUUCUCUCUGGGCCGUUUGCACACGGUGCGGCAGGCCUGCCUGUUUCACUCCCGGAGCCUUGGUGCAGGGAUGGGGAGUAGAGGGGAUGAAGGUGGUGGGUUUCUGGGACUGGGCCUCCGCCGGGCUAAUGAAGAGAGCAGAGGGGUACUGGAGGGAGAAGGAUUUGAAGAGGAUGAGAAUAGUCUGCAGCUAGAGGAGGAUAGAGAGCAGGAACUAGAGAGAGUGAGGGCUGAGAUCAUGCAGGGAGUGGCCUGUGUGACAGAGAGGCCACCAGCUUAUCAGGAAGCUCUCCACUUGCCUGUGUUGAUCGUCCAUGGUGAGGAGAGCUGCCAUGGAGGGGAGGACCUUGACACAGGAUAGUCACUAUGAUUGGCUCGGGUGAUGGAGAGUAGAUAAGCGAAUCUGCUCAGGAUGAGGAUGAUGCAAGAAAUGAAUGAGAGGAGGGCAGAGGAGAGGAAAAUAGGGAAGGAAGAAAAAGAAGUGGUAAUAUGGAAAGGAUUGGAAAGAAGAGAGGGGUAAGGAAGGACUAAGAAAACAAAUGGAAAACCCCUAGUUUCCAGACCUGCGACAAAUGACUACUGCAAAAUGUGUAGGGAAACCAAACUAUUGUGUCACGGUAGAUUAAAUUACAACUAUGUAGUUGUUCUUGCUUGAGAGUGUGUAAUAUGUGUAUCCCAUUGUCCACAAUGAACAACAAUCGCUUUGUAUCAUUGUUCAUCAAUGUAUGAAAUGUAUGUUCAUGAAUGUAUGGAUGUAUCAAUGAGCUGCUGAGUUAGCGCUUAACAUCAGGAGUAGUAGUAGUCCACCAAGCUAUUAGAUUAAUUCAAGGGGCACUGUAUAUUGUGUAAACUUACAUAACUCCCGGGUGGAGGUGGAGCACAACUCUCAUGCCAAUGAAAUCAAAAAAAUAUUACCAUUACACAGAGACGAUAGUAAUCCGAUUUUGUAUUACUUUUAGAUGUAAACAAAUAAUACAUUUGAUCAAGGCACUGAGGUGAUGCGGCAUAUGUCAUCUACUCAUCUUCCUCUUGAGAUAAUGCAGAUCCAAGCGGCCAACAAUAUUGUCUAUGACAUCACAGAUAUAGUGAAAAAUGUUUUAAGAGGUAAGUGCACAUAUGGGUAUGUUUGAGCAGGGAUGCAGUAGUUGCUAAAAAUCUAUCUACUUUAUGAGAAACUUCAUGAUUUUAUAAAAAUGUCCUUGUAGCUCAGCUUUGUGACUCCGUCAGCCAAAAACAUGCAUUUGCCCCCCUCACAGACAACAGGAAUGUGGAGAAAGACACUCACUUUUUAAACCUAACAUGGAUAUGGGGAACAGGAGAUGGAAUAUGAUAAGAUAGAGUUAUGGAGAGAGCAAUUGUCCCAUUUUAUGUUGGUAAGAUUAACCCCUUUAUUUAUCCAAAAUGCCUCUUAGCAAUUUGGCCUUAACCACAAUUCUAAAGGGGUUCUCCCCAUGUCUCAGUUCUGCCCACUGUUGUAGUUCUACAUCAUGGUCAAGUAUGGAUAUGAUGCAGUUGAGGACAUAUCCCCCCC